GAUAUAGGUUGUGUAAAAUGGUGCAUGCGCAGUUUCUACGGCCUGAAUAUGUCGGCUGGGUAAAAUACGUUAACUGUUAUCAUGACUGGAACGAUUUCCUUUCGUUAAGUUCAUUGCUGUUAAAUUAUUACGAAACUGAUCGUAACUUAAAAGUUGAAAGAUUAAAAAAUUUAGUAAAGGAGGCCUUAUGUCAACUCAGUUCAACAUUGAAGGGGCCGACGACGUGUGCCAAUAUGAAGAAGCUGUUUUCAAAAAUCGAAAACACGUCGAAGGAGCCUAACAGUUACAUAGGAAAAGUUUUUGUGGUGGGACGUUACACUGUCACUGUCGAAGACAUUCUAGCCGAAGGAGGAUUUGCCAUUGUAUUCCUGGUAAAAUCUUCGAGUGGACGUUAUGCACUUAAACGCAUGUAUGUUAAUAACGAACAUGAUCUCAAUGUAUGUAAAAGGGAGAUACAAAUUGCAAGUAACUUGAAUGGUCAUAAAAAUAUUAUAGGAUAUUUGGAUAGCAGUAUCACUCACAUAGGUGGAGGAGUACAUGAACUUUUACUUUUAAUGCCUUACUGCAAAUCUCAAGUUUUACAAAUGAUGAACAAUAGGUUACAGACUGGAUUUAGCGAGUCUGAAGUUCUGCAAAUAUUUUGUGAUGUUUGUGAAGCUGUAUCUCGACUGCAUCAUUGUCAGACACCGAUAAUACAUAGAGAUUUAAAGAUUGAAAAUAUAUUAUACUCUGAUACUGGCCAUUAUGUAUUAUGUGACUUUGGUUCUGCAACAGCAAAAAUUUUAAAUCCCAGUAUACAGGGAGCAGCGAUAGUCGAAGAAGAAAUUAAAAAAUACACGACUCUCAGUUAUAGAGCACCUGAAAUGGUUGAUAUGUAUUGUGGAAAACCUGUUACAACGAAAGCAGAUAUAUGGGCAUUGGGGUGUUUGUUGUACAAACUUUGUUUCUUUACAUUACCAUUCGGAGAAAGCACACUUGCUAUUCAAUCGGGAAAUUUUACGAUACCAAAUCAUUCAAGAUAUAGUAGAAGCCUUCAUUGUUUGAUACGUUAUAUGCUCGAGCCAGAUCCUGAUAAUCGUCCCGAUAUUUAUCAAGUGUCUGUGAUUGCAUUCCAAAUUCAGGGAAAAGAGUGUCCAGUACAGAAUUUACAUAAAGUUCAAACACCAGUUCUGGAAUCAUUACCUUGUCCGCCUAUGGAAUCUGAAAAUAUGAAAAGAUCAUCAUUAGUGAAGACACCAAAACCGACUCCAGUAACUACUGUUGAGGGUACGUCAGUUACACCAAGACAACGACCAAAGGGACAGGCUGUGAGCACAGGUCCGAUAAGUCUAAGCGGUCAGAUCGUGAGUCAAAUAUCUGGUCAAGGAACUCAGCCUCAGUCGCAAAGUUCUGUAGGAAAUACGAUUUCAUAUGUUCAAAUGGGUCAACAACUUGCUUCGUUAAACGCGUCACAACCUUACUUAGGACAAAAUAUGCAAGCAAGUGUUCAGCCAUUACCAGUGAACUCUCAACCAUCUACUCAUCAAGUGUCAACGCUCACUCAAGUUUCGCCUCAAGUUUGUUGUACUACGACUAAUCAGAACGUUCCCUUUGGAACGCAUCAGUCGCAAAUCCAAAAAUCACAACAGAGUCAGUCACAAUGUUCUACGAUUAGACGAUCUCCUGUAAGUGUUCAAGAUACCGUAGGUUCAUAUUACUUUGAUUCACCAGUGGCAACAAACGUGAAUGAAGAAAAUCUAGAGGCGCUAUUUCCACCGUCUGGUUAUCCAGAUCCGUUUAAAGAUGAUAACAGAGCUAUGCCACCACCCGCAAAAAUACCACCACCUGUCGCUCCUAAACCUUCUAAAAUUCUGCCUAAGGCAAAUGUUUCUGCUAGUUGUCCACCUCCAAAAUUUACGCCUGUUAAUUCGUUAACAUCGAAGCUAAAUACUCCAACGGGGCCUAAUAAAGCUACUCCUGUAAUGGUACCAACUUUACCGAAACCAGUCAAUAAGACUGAAAGUUUAAGUCAAAAUAUAAGUUCAAGUACCUCUCCGCCCGAUAGUCCGACACUCUCCUCGGUACGUCAUAGAAGAAAUGUUAGCGAUACAAGUGCUUUUAAUAAAGCAUUUGCAAGCGAAACAACACAAUUUCUAGCACCGUACGAAGCUUCAGUGAAAGCACGUUCAGAAGAUGCUAACACUCCUGAAGUUCUAACUGGUGUAAGACCUUGCCUAGGUUCUAGUGCUUCGCAUGUACGUAUUGGCGAACUUUCAAGCGUAACUGCUACUGAAGGAAGAUCUUUAAGUGCGGAUGUAGCAGCUUGGAAUCCGUUUGAAGACGUACAACCUUUCAACCAAUUAACGGAAGAUCAUAUUUUUGGUGCUGAGUUUGAUAAAAUUAGAAGGGGCAGUAAUGCAAGCAUCGCCGGUGUAAAAAGUCGCGAAAGUCUCGUUAUGACGUAUGCAGAAUUACCAGAAGAUCCAUUUGAAUCUGCACCUUUUAGUUUGCCAACAGGAAAGAAGAACAAAAUUGGAUCAAAGACUGCCGCACUUGCUGGAGGCAAGUCGCAAUUAAACGGUAGACCAAGAAUACCACCGAAACAAUGGAACCCGGGAUUCGAGCGCCCCGAACUGGACCACAGGAUGACAGGAAAUAAUCCUCCUAUUUCUCCGCCAUUCGUUCGGGUUCCUCUAGAAGAUCGGUCCAAAUACGAAAAGUUAACGUUCAACGCUGGAGACGUAUCCAGCGAUAGCGACAAAGAUUUGUCGCAAGAGCGAAUUCAACAGAAGAGAAAAAGGGCGAAGAAUGCGAUACGCAGGAAGAGGAAAACGCAGAAUGCGAACAAAGUCGUGGGUGAUUCGACAGGCUCGGCUGGUAAUUCGAGGACGCUCGGUAAUAACUGGCGUAAUCAAAGUAUUUGUAACAGCGCCAUUAAAUUGAAUGGUAUCGGCGCUGAUGGGUACAGAAAGCAUAAUAAUAUUCGAAACGGAAGUAACAAAGGAGAAAUACAGGAGGAAGGAGAGGAGGUGGAGGAGGAGGGAGAGAGUAUGAAAAAGGAAGAAACAGAAGGAGGAAAUAAAAGAAGAGAGAAAGAAGAAGAAGAGGAAGGGGAAGUUGAAAAGGACGAAGACGAAGAAGAAGAGGAAGAGGAGGAGGAGGAGGAGGAAGAGGAGGAGGAGGAGGAAGAAGAGGAAGAGGAAGACGACGAUAAAGAUAACGAUGACAUAGAUGAUAACAAUAACGACAACGACAACGAAAAAAGAACUAAUGAAAACGAUGAAAAAUAUGAGGGGAUAAACGAAACAACUCCGGAUGGUAUAUAUAGAGUUUGUGGUUCUCUUCAUCAUUCGGAAAGAAAUGUUGUUAAUACGAGUGAACAAGAUUACAGAACGAAAAAGUCGAAGAGAUAUUAUCGAGAAGAGCGAUCGUCGAUUAGUCCGGUAAAUACGGAUCCAGUUGUCGGCCAUCAAUAUGGAGAGAAGCCUCUUUUGCUCGAUGACGAACUUGAUCCGGAACCGAAACUCGAUUACUCUUAUGGCGAUCCAUUCGUUAUGGAUGAUCGGUAUGGGUCAAAUUAUCAGUCGUUCAACGACAUCGGUUCGUCAAAGAGAAUCGAGAAGACGAAACUCCUGAGCGACGUAUUAUGGAAAUUCGACAAGGACGUUUUCGCGUUAGCUCCGUUUCCAAAGUCGUCCAGCUAUUCGAAAAAAGGUAACGAUUUUCAAGAGAGUAAUCAAUUUAAAAACGUAGCUCCCGCUAUCUUCGACGUGACGGUUCCAUCCGAGACGGUGACGGAUGUAGAGAACAAGUUGCUUUCUACAGGAAGAUGUAAUUCAUCCUGGAAGUGUGCAAAUGUCACGAAAACAGAGGGAUUCACGAACAUCGACUUGUUAUCCGGAGAAACGCAACGAUCUCCGGUUACUAAGGCAAUCUCGAUUGUUCGCCGAGACUCUGAACGGAAAAGGAACACGAUGCAGAAUCAAAUAAAGGACAUGGAUCAAGAUGAUGAGAUUAAAGCGGGAGGAGCAGGAGACCGAGAAGAAGAUGAAGAAGAAGAUAAAGCGAGAGUAGCGAUAAUCGAAGAGAAAGAGAAAGAAACGGAAGAAGAAAAAGGAGAAAAUAAAGAGAAAGAUUUAUUUGGUUCAUCGCCGUUUAGUCCGAGUAGUUUUGUAAUAAAUUCAUUUGAUUUUAACAGUUUACGAAACGUUACGGAGCAAACACCGAAACAAUCGGCAAAAAUGACGUUUGCGAAUCAAGAAGAAUCGUACGAUGAUUAUACUCAAGUGUCUGUUCAUCCCAUUCAAGCCCAGCAAUCUUCGCCGAACGUUUGUCAUUUGAAACAAGCUAUUACUACUGCUGCAGCGGCAGCAUCAUCGACUACAAAAACAGUAUUGAACUCUAAAUUUACCGAUGUCUCUGCGAAUAGCGAUUAUUCGCGUACGUUUUUGGAUGCUUCGAAAGAUCUUUUUGGUUCCAUUCCGUUCGACGAAUUCGCAUCUUUACAAUUAAACGAAGAAAAAAAGAGAUCGGAGACUCGCAUACCAUUUGUUCAAUUAUCGUCAUCGUCAUCGUCAUCGACGCAACUGCGCCAGUCGCAGCCACAGGAGCCGGGUUUCGUUGGCGAAAAUUUAGACGCGAUGCUAUUAGAUAAAGCACAACCGCCGAUCUCUGAUCGAGCAACAUCUACCUUACAAGAGGUAUACACGAUUAAAUCGGUUCAUCAUACUGCUCGAAUCACUGUUCAAACGAUGAACAGUGUAUCGAAACCAGAUGUUGCGUCGGAUAUUGUUUCACCCAUGUCACCGGAACCGUUGGUUGUUACCGAUGACGAUCACCACGAUAUGCCAAGACAUAAAAGAGAAAAAUCUAAUAAAUCGGAGAAGUCGAAAUAUCAUUUGAUCAGUGAGAUUCAUAGCGAUAUUAGCGAUGUACUGUCAUCGUCGAAGCUAACUCACAAAAGUAAGUCGACUUGUUACGGUAAAAAAACACCAAGAGCGAAAAAAUGUUCUGUCGUUAGCACAGCUGCUGGUUUCAGUAACAUGAGCUUCGAAGAUUUUCCGAGCGACGAGAACGAGGAAAGACAGAUUAGGAAUACGAAAAUCGCGCCGUUCGAAGUAAUAAGAGAACCUGAAAAACGAUUCGGUUCGUUGAAGAGGAGAAGCAAUCCUUUCACUUGAGACUCGAAAAUAAUGUGAAUAGAAAUUACCGUGAGUCUAUCACACCUGUCGGAAGGACAUUAUAUCGACAUCGAUCCGCGUAGAGACUCGACGGUUACAUUUUUUCAUUUAUUUUCAAGCGAAGUGCAAAGCACGGAGAGAGUAAACUUUACAAAACGAUGUAUUUUGUCGAUAUUUGCAUCGAUUUACAUUUUGUAAUACUGACACUCUCUGUUAUCACAUGCGAUCAACUUUCCUUUCCUCUCAGUUUCCCUUUUGCUUCUUCUCCUUUUUUCCUUUUUAUUGUACAUGUAUAAAACGCUAUGUGAUUUGUAUAUAAUAUCGUGCGUACGUAUCGUACGUAGCUGUAGUUAGCGAUCGAAAUGAUAAGCAACAAAAUUUCGUUCCAUCCUUGUAACGAUUCAAAAAAUAUAUUCUGUUAUGGUUCUCGCUCCAUUUGGAGAAUCUUUGCUUCAAAGAACAAUCUCCUAUAUAUAUUUACCUUUCAAUUAAAAUCAUACGCUGGAUCAAUGUUGCUAAUAUAUAUCUUUUUAAUCAAUAUAUGUAAUUAAUAUAUAUAAUUUUAAUCAAACUCUUGAAUUCUGUGAAAAAAUGGAAUACCAUAAAAAGAGAAAUAAAUAAGAGUAAAUAAAAAGGUAAGACAGUGGGGGAAAAGGAGAAAGGAGUCGAAUAAAGAAAGCUGAUGUAUCUAUUUUUGUAGCUAUGUGUUUUCACUAUGCUUGAAUAGCUUUCUGCUACUGCUAGUACUAGUACUACUACUACCACCACUCCUACUCUUGCUACGCUACUCCUAGUCCUACUACUACUACUAUACUACUACACUACUUCUGUUGCUACCGCUACUAUUAUUAUUAUGAUCUGUCAGAUCAUAGAAACGAUGCAAUAUUUCGUAGAAUAGAAGUACAAUGUCAAUGAUACACGUUUUUAAUUAACUUUCUGUUGAUUGUUUAUGUUAUGCAUCUUCUAAUCUACAUACUACUUUUACAAAAAGCCAAUCUUAAGAGAGAGAAAUACCGAAUUAUGUUGUAUGCUAUACAUCGUAAGUAAUGGCAUAAAGAAAACGAACACCGAACAUGUAAUGGAAUACGAAUGGAGAAAAUAUUUUUGAAUUUAUUUCAUUAACGCGCGCGUGUGCCCACCCCCUUCCUUUUCUCCAGCACGCGUUACCAAGUAAAUUGACAUCGCGAUGCAAGUUAGUAUAUGUAUAAAUUUGACAAUUAUAUACAUAUACAUAUACUACAUAUACUACAUUAAAAUUGAUAGUUGCACGUGCAGCUUAAAAAUUACUGAAUUAAACGUACGAUCAACAUAGUGUCUACGAAUUGAAGAAAUCUUUUGCUGGUAACAGUUUUUAUGUACGUUUGUAUACACGUGUAUACGUAAUAUUAACACAUUCCAUGCGUAAGACGUGAACGUACGCGCCAUGGGAAUUUCUUAUAUUUUUGCGGAUGGCACCUGAAUAAAUGGAUACAUGUUGUAGAAAAAUCGAUUUCUGCCACUAGAGAUCCCCUUCGAUUUUGUGUGCCGCAUUGAAUGUGUUAAUAAGAUCCUAAGCAAGUUGCGAUAUAUUAAAAAAUUAUCGCAUCAUACAAUACAUGUAGAGAAUGAUUUUAGAGAUUAGUAAAGGCUACAUUAAAACGAAGAGGAUCGGUGGGUAAUUAUAUACAAAAUUAUCUUUCUAUGAUAUCCUUUAAACACUGGUAUAGUAUUGCCUUCUUUUUCUUUCUUUCUACUUCGGAUUAUGCAAUGAUCGAUCAUUUUUGUACAACGAUGAAGAUUCUAUGUGACUUUUCUUGAUUCAAAUCUAUAAGUAAAAAGGUGCAAGCUCCCGAAGUAUGAUAAGUAACUAUUGCGAUACGUCAUAACAAUAAGUGUUUGAUAUAUAGGUGUACGAGUGAAAAUGUUUAGAGAAACGCGUAUUUGAGGAUGUUUGAAAAAAAUGUUAACGCGAUCAUCAUGGCUGUAUCGACAAUGGUGUAAAAAUAUCUGCUCAACGAUCAUCUCAUUCUUUGCGUAGUCGCUGCA